AUGUUGACGGUUGAGAAGCAGUGGAUUAAUGUGCAGCAAAAGACCUUCACCAAAUGGCUGAACGAUAAGCUGAAGAUUCGGACUCUGGCCAUUGAGGACUUGGUUACGGAUCUUUCUGAUGGUGUCGUUCUUAUUCAUCUCCUUGAGAUCCUCGGUGGUGAAUCACUCGGUCGAUAUGCGUCGAAGCCCAAGCUGCGAGUGCAGCGAUUCGAAAAUUCUGGACUUCAUCAGGGACGAAGAAUCCAGAUGACCAAUAUUGGUGCCGAAGACAUUGUCGAUGGUAACCGCAAGAUCAUUCUCGGAUUGAUUUGGACCCUGAUUCUCCGUUUCACCAUCAGCGAUAUCAGUGCGGAGGGAAUGACAGCUAAAGAGGGUCUGCUCCUGUGGUGUCAACGAAAGACAGCAUGCUACGAUGAGGUGGAGGUCCGUGACUUUUCUACCAGCUGGAACAAUGGUCUGGCUUUCUGUGCUCUGCUCGAUAUCCACCGACCCGAUUUAAUUGAUUACGAUUCCUUGGACAAGAGCGACCACCGCGGAAAUAUGAAAUUGGCCUUCGAUAUUGCUACGAACGAAAUCGGCAUUCCCGACCUGCUGGACGUCGAUGAUGUGUGCGACGUGCCCCGACCCGACGAGCGUUCUCUGAUGACAUAUAUUGCCUACUGGUUCCAUGCCUUCUCGCAGUUGGAGAGAGUCGAGAAUGCCGGUCGCCGAGUGGAGAAGUUUGUCAACAACAUGCAUGGAGCGUGGGAUAUGCAAUCGGGCUACGAGCGACGAAUGAAGGAACUGCUACGAUUGAUUCGGGCGCAGCGUGAAGGAUGGAAGAACUCUUCGUUCGAGGGUACAUACAAGGAUGUCAAGGAGCAAGCUGCUCACUUCGCACUGUAUAAGCGCAAUGAGAAGCGUCAGUGGGUUGCAGAGAAAUCGGAUUUGGCCGCCCUCCUUGGAAACAUUAAGACCAAGCUGGGUACAUACCGGUUGCGAUCCUACGACCCACCCACAGAACUGAGUCUUGAGACAUGUGAUCAAGAAUGGGAGUGCUUGACACGAGACGAGCACCAGCGCAGCCAAUUGAUUAACGAGACGAUUCGGGAUAUCAAGAACGCCCUGCGUCGAUCCUUUGCAGACAAAGCGAAUGACUUUGCCUUAACACUGAAGACUCUCUCCCUCGCUAUUUCAGGGCUGGAUGGAGAUGUCGAAGAUCAGUUGGAGCAUGUGCAGAAGCUGAACGAUAACCUGCCUCCUCUGGAUGCCUUCCUCGAUACUAUCGCCGAACUAGACGAGCAGUGUGCCGAGGCCAAUAUCGAAGAAAAUGAUUUCACCACCUUCACCCUCGAUGAACUUUCAUAUGAACUCAGUCUUGUUAAAUCCAGCAUUUCGAAGAAGCUGGCCUUCCUCGAGAACCAGAUGGUUGCUCGAAAUAUGACCAACCUAACCCCGAUUCAACUUGAAGAGUUUGAGUCUGUCUUUCGCCAUUUCGAUCGUGAUUCGUCCAACACAUUGCAUGAACUUGAAUUCUCUGCGGCACUUGCCAGUCUGGGCCUUGUUUACGAUGAGGAAGAGAUGCACGAGGUCUAUGUGAAGGUUUGUGGGGCUACCAGACUGUCUCAGAAUGCCGGUGUCAGCUUUGAACAGUUCAUUCGUUUCAUGGUCAGUGUGACUGAAGAUCAAAACACCGCCGAACAAGUCUUCCAGAGUUUCAGAGAGGUUGCUGAUGGAAAACCUUACGUCACGGAGCUUGAUCUGCGACACUCACUGAUCCCCGACGAAGUCAUCGAACACCUAGUCAAGACCAUGCCCACACACGAAGGUCCUGACAUGCUCGAAGACAGAGACCUGCCCAAGUUUGACUACAUCAGCUUCAUGGAGAAGAUGAUUGAGGAUCAGAAAAAGAAUGGAAGGGAGUAA